AUGUCAGAAGACUCAGAAAACGAAGACUUUUCAGACAGAUCAGACACUGAUGAAGAUGAAUCGAUGGAUGAUGCUUUCAUGAAAUUUGUGAGUGAAGAUAUACUUCCAUGUGCACUUUUUGCAGCUGACAGUAUCAGUGACCCAUUUUUCCCUCGGACCACACAGAUAAUAUUAGAAUACCAGUUGGGGAGAUGGGUGCCACGUCUUCGUGAACCACGAGAUUUAUAUGGUGUAUCUUCUUCCGGUCCUCUGAGCCCAACACGGUGGCCAUACCACUGUGAGGUCAUCAAUGAAAAAGUGCAACAUAUAGAAUGGACGCCUUCCUAUCCGGAGCCAGUGUAUGUUCCAACUGGCCUGGAGAUAGAGCCCCUUUACCCAAAUUCCAAGGAAGAUACAGUUGUUUAUCUAGCAGACGAUGUUUACAAAGAACCAUGUUUUGUGUAUUCCCGAGUCGGAGGCAACCGAACACCCCUGAAGCAACCUCUGGAUAACUGUGAUGACACUUUGAUAUUUGAAGCAAGGUUUGAGAGUGGUAAUCUACAGAAGGUAGUCAAAGUGGCAGAUCGUGAGUACCUGUUGACUGUACGCCCUGACCUCUUCACAAAUAAGCAUACCCAGUGGUACUACUUCCAGGUCACUAACACCCAAGCUGGAGUGCCCUACAGAUUCACCAUUAUCAAUUUCACCAAGCCCGCUAGCCUUUACAAUAGGGGGAUGCGUCCACUGUUUUAUUCUGAAAAAGAGGCCACAACUAAUAAGAUAGGCUGGAAGCGAACAGGAGACCAAAUCAAGUAUUACAGAAGCAACCCGGGUCAAGAUGGGCGCCAUUAUUUCUCUCUCACAUGGACAUUUCAAUUUCCACAUGACAAAGACACCUGCUAUUUUGCUCACUGCUAUCCGUACACUUACAGCAACCUGCAAGAAUACCUUUCUAGCAUCAACAAUGACCCAGUGCGGUCCAAAUUCUGUAACAUACGUGUCUUGUGCCACACAAUUGCUAGGAACAUGGUGUACGUUUUAACUAUCACUACCCCCUUGAAGAACUCUGACCUGAGAAAGCGAAAGGCUGUGAUUUUGACUGCCAGGGUCCAUCCAGGAGAAACCAACAGCUCUUGGAUUAUGAAAGGCUUCUUAGAUUAUAUUUUAGGAGACUCAAGUGAUGCGCAACUGCUCCGGGAUACUUUUGUCUUCAAGGUGGUCCCCAUGCUGAAUCCAGACGGUGUGAUAGUGGGGAAUUACCGGUGUUCGCUAGCUGGAAGGGACUUAAACCGCAACUACACGUCACUCCUGAAAGAAUCAUACCCUUCUGUUUGGUAUACACGGAACAUGAUCCGUAGAUUAAUGGAGAAACGAGAGGUUGUUUUAUAUUGUGACCUUCAUGGACACAGUAGGAAAGAGAAUAUCUUCAUGUAUGGCUGUAAUGGCAGCGAUCGAUGCAAAGCAUUGUAUUUACAGCAACGCAUCUUUCCACUCAUGCUGAGCAAGAAUUGUCCAGAUAAGUUUUCAUUCUCAGCUUGCAAGUUUAAUAUCCAGAAGAGCAAAGAGGGAACAGGAAGGGUGGUAAUGUGGAGAAUGGGAAUCAGGAACAGCUUUACAAUGGAGGCCACUUUUUGCGGAUCUACUCUGGGUAGUAAACGAGGUACUCAUUUCAACACAAAAGACCUGGAGUCAAUGGGAUAUCAUUUUUGUGAUUCUCUCUUGGAUUAUUGUGAUCCUGAUCGGGCUAAGUAUUACCAAUGCCUAAAAGAAUUGGAAGAAAUGGAAAAACAUAUAAACUUGGAUAAAGUCUUAGAUGAUUCAGAUACUUCUCUGAAAGAAAUUUCCUUGGAUCUAGAGUCUAGUAGCCACGGCUCUGACAGUUCAGAAUCAAAUGACUCUCCACCUUACCUCCUCAAGAUAGCUUCUCAGAUAAAAAAUAGCAAAAAACAUCUAAAAACAAAAAGGCAAAGAAAUUCUUCCUUGACAAGAAAUCAAGAUUUUAGAGAAGAGCUGGAGGUUUAUGAUAAAAGAAAUUUAAUGCAAAAAGACAAAGAAUCAGAUUCUGAUGCAAAAGUUACUCCAACAGAUCCAGAUCACAGCAAAGUAAAGGAAUCUUUACAAACAAGAAAGACUAUAAAUUGGACAGAUAAUGAAAAGAGGAUCUACAGAGAUAAGAAAAUUACUAAGACUCAAGAAAUACUGCAAUAUUUGUUCCCUAUCAUGGAAAACUCUAAAAGCAUACAAACCACUCAGUUAAAACAGGUAUUCCAGCCAAAAACCAACUUACAAAACCACUAUCAAAUAAAGCCAUCUGCUUAUGUAAAAAUCAAGAAAUACCACUCAUCUUGGACAGCACCAUCCAGAAAUUCUGCUUUUGUAAACCAGAGCAAUCUCGUCAUAAAUUCUCCAGAAUGCCUCCAGUCUGAAUCUCAGAAGUCACUUAAAGAUUUGGCAUCUCCCAAGGGUUCCAUGAGGAGGAAAAUAUAUUCUGCAAAUAGCACCACAAAGACCAGAGAGUCGCAACUUCUGAAUAGCAAAUGGGACCAACCCUCAAGUGCUGAGUCUAACAUGAUUACCAAAGACAAGACCGUUCACAAUGAAGAACCUGUCCAGCACAGCUUCAUGCAUAUCAUCCCCUACCUCACUAAAACCAAGGCUGGUCUCUGCCAGUUCUUAACUGGCAUUUAUCUCGGUAUAAAUUACCAGGCACUUCAGCAAGUGUUUCAGUCCGUUUCCUUUAUGGAAUCGUUGGUGAUUGAUCAACUCCAGACGCUCACCUGCUUCUUAAAAUCAAGUGGCCUGGUGGUGAACAGCAAGGUUGUUUACAUUCUGCUUUCAGAAAAGUCAUGA